AUGUCCCAAGACAAGCCUGUAGCUCUGGUCAUAGGCGCCUCGAGGGGAAUAGGGAGACAGGUAGCAAUCGAUCUUGCUAGGAACGGCUACAGAGUGGUCGUUGCAGCCAAAUCCACCAGUGAUGCCUAUUCCUCGACGACGCCUUUCCCACCCGAUCCCAACUCACCCCAGUCCACCAUCAGCACUGUUGAGCGAGAGAUCCGAGAAGAUGGUGGUGAGGCCAUCGCCAUUGCUGUCGAUGUCAGGGACUUUGGAAGUAUUGAGAAGCUGGUCGAGCAGGCUGUUCAAACAUACCAUCGGCUAGACGCCCUGAUAUACAACCCCGGCGCCAUCUGGUGGGCCUCCGUCAAGGACACGCCCAUGAAGCGCUUCCAGCUGAUGCAGCGCGUCAACAUAGAGGGCCUCUACGGCGCCGUGCAGGCCUGCCUCCCCCAUCUUACCCUGCCCCGGCAGAACGGGCGCAUCGUCAUCGUCAGCCCGCCCAUCUACAGCCGCUUUUUCCGAGGCAAGACGGCGUAUGCCAUGGGCAAAGUGGGCAUGAGCGUGCUGACCAAGGGGCUGGGGAUGGACUUGGAGCGACAGGGUAUGGUGGCGGAGGCGGGCUGUGCGGUGACGAGUCUCUGGCCUGCUGUGUCUAUACAAUCCGCAGCAACCCAACAGGUCACCCGCACCAACCCCGCCGAAACCAGCGACCUCCGCAAGCCCACCAUCUUCUCUGACGCCAUCCUCGCCAUCCUGCGCGCGCCGGCACCCGUCGUCAACGGCCAGCUGCUCCUCGACGAGGAUUUUCUGAGGGCGCACUGCGGCGUGACCGACUUCUCGCGGUACUCGGUUGUGCCGGGGGCUAGUCCGCGGCGGAUCAUGCCGGCUGAGCUGCCGGAUUUGUCGGUGAGGGAGCAGGAUGACGAGGGGAGGCGGUAUGAUAGUGCGGCGGCGAGGAGGAGGGAGGCUGGGGGGAAGUUGUGA